CCAGACCGGACCAGACCAGCAUCAAUAUCUCUUCUGUAUCUUGUGUUCUCCAAACUGUUCUCUCCCAACCCAUCCCUCCUCAACCAUUCUUCCUCUCUCUACUCCACCAUAACAGAAUGGCGUCUCUAAUAAUCUCCUCUAUUGAGCAGUACUUGUCUCCUGACAAGAAGGAAAAGGGCGUCCUCGACCAUGGUGAGACUCCCGUCUCUGAUACGGAUUGGCAACGAGCCACGGUUGUAUUCCUUAAGAUCAACUUUGCCAUACGUAUUCUUGCUAUCCCAGCAGCCUUGGGCGCAUUGGGUUCCGUGGGCGGCUCUUUGUAUAUCAUUGGAUAUACGUCGCUCAAUGUUUAUACUGGCCUUUUUCUUGGUGACGUCAAGCACAAUUACACAGAGUGCCACACAUUGGCAGACAUGAUGGGUCUCAUCUGGGGUCGCUGGGGCCGCGAAAUCGUUGGUAUCUAG